AUCCAAAAAAAAUUCUAAAAUAAAGUUUUAUCAUACAAAAAUUGAGAUAAAAUUUUAAAAUUACCUCCUAAUCUCCAUUCUUUCCCCGCGCUAGUUCCCAUCCUCAAUAACCAACUACAGGAAGAUCGGGACCUCAAGGCCACGUUCACAGCUGAGUUUUCUUCGUCCCCUCACAAAACCUCGGCACGAUUCACAUCCCUCCACUCUCUCCAUUUCUCUUACUUUUGUUGUGAACAAUUGUGAAGAAGCUUCGGUGCAAGUAAUUCGACAGUUUACAGAAUCUACAGGGUCGACCUCCUGCUCAUUAGUAAGAUAUCAUGGCAUGUAGUUCCGCACGAGGUGGUAGGGGUACAGGUCAAGGUAGUGGUCAAGGUAGUGGUACCGUUGGACGAAUACAUUCGGAUGCAUAUGAGACAUUGUCUCAACACGAGAGUAGUGAUGAUGAGGAGCCAACUGUUGGCCGACGGGGACCGGUUGCCCCUACGCCUUUACCUGAACCAAGAAAUCGUGAACAAAUUUGUGUUAUCUAUGGACAGUUUAGUAAUCAAGGUAAAGCUACCCGGACUAUGGGAGAAACUUUGGAGGCUAUGUGGUCCCAUCCUUGGAAAAGUUGGAAAGAUGUCUCUAAAGAAGAUGAAGAUAGGAUGUUUGAGCGUUUCAAGUUAUACUAUCAAUGGGAAAAUGAGUUGGAUGAACAAGUCCGAUCUUGCUGGUUGAAGUUUAUGAAGAGAAAAAUCAAGGAUGUGUUAAGUAGGGCUCGCGAGAGUGCCAAGGCCGCUGCAAGCAAUGCAGGUGUAGAAGUUGGAGACGAUUUAUCUGUUAUUAUUCCGUACAAGCCACGAUGGAUGGGGGCUCAAAUUUGGGAAACCCUAAUUCAAUAUUGGAAUACAAAAGAGUGGAAAGAUAAGUCUACUCAGAACAAAAGUAAUAGAGGGAAAUCAACUGGGGGCAAACAUACUCUCGGCUCACAAACCUAUGCCACGCUUAAACAAAAAAUGGAUAAGGAACUUGGGCGGUCAGCUACUGUAGAUGAAGUUUGGAUGCAAUCACAUGGGAAGAAAGGGACAAGACCUUUGGAUAUAUUGUUGAGUCGUAGAGGAGGUGAGGAUUCACAAACGGCCGACGGUUUGGAUGAGAUCGAUCUAUCAAGCACUGUUAAAUGGGUUGACAGCAGGGCAGAGAAUUCUCUUAAAUCAUAUAAGAAAUAUGUUAAGGAUAAAUAUGGAGAUGAUGCUAGCAAACGACCGUUAUUCGAUGAAGAUUCAUGGAUACAAGCUGGUGGGGGGAAGAAAAAAGGCAGAAUAUAUGGUUUUAACGACAUCAAUGAUCCGCAACUUUUAAUGACGGGUACACCGUCAACACCGGGUACUACUUCAAGAAAUGAAGAGGUACAACGAUUGAAUGAAGAAAUAAGGCAACUACGACAAGAGAAAGAAACGGAAAGACUAGAGAAAGAAAAAGAAAGAGCGGAAAAACUCAAAAUGAUGGAGCAAAUUGAGGAAAAUAGGAUUGCAAACGCCCAAAUGAAAGAACAAGUUCAAUUCCUUUUGAAGAACAUAUCAAAAAAGUAGCUCUAACUAGCUAAGCAUGUGAUCUUUUGGUAAAGUUGGUCAAUUCGGACUUUUGUUAUGGUACCUAUGUUUGGUAUUUAUUUUCGUACUUAUAUUUAGAUAUUUUGUCGUAUUUACUUUUUGAAUGUUUGUUUAGUUAGUGAAUUGAUACAAUUUUAUGAUAUUUAGUUGGAUUUA